AUGUUCGUGUUAGCACUGUUGGAAGAUACCGUACGAAUUAAGCCUCAUCAAUUUGGUGAGCCUUUUGAACCGAUGUUAAUGAAACGUCUGAAUGAGCAAUUCGCCAAUAAAAUCGUACCAGGUUUAGGUCUAUGUAUUAUAAUCUAUGAUCUUGUUAAUGUUGGUGUUUCUUAUAUAUUACCUGGUGAUGGUAGUACACAUACAAAAGUUAAGUUUCGUUCUGUUGUAUUCCGGCCUUUUAUCGAUGAAGUUAUUGAAGCGAAAGUGUUAUCAAGUAAUGCCGAAGGAUUGGUGCUAUCAGUGAUAUUUUUCGAGGAUAUAUUUAUACCGGCGCAUCGAUUACCACAACCGUCAGUUUUCGAAGAGGAAGAGCAGAUUUGGUACUGGGAAUAUCAACCUGAAGAUGGACAAUCUGCUAAAUUAUAUAUGGAUCCUGGUAAAACUGUCCGCUUCCGGGUUAUUGAGAAUAUUUUCAAAGACGUAGAUCCUGACAGUGGCCAGGAUGAACUGAAGCGAGAAAAAUCAUAUCAAAUUGUUGGGUCGAUGGCGGAAACCGGAUUAGGAUGUAUAUUGUGGUGGGCACCAAGCGAGCAAGAUGCCAAGAAUGAAGAAGACAAAGGUCAAAUGGACGAAGACAUGGUGAAAGAUGAGGAGGAAGAGUAG